AUGUUCAAUAAAAGCGUAAAUAGUGGUUUCACCUUCGGAAACCAAAACACAUCCACACCGACGUCAACUCCGGCACAGCCUUCCAGUUCCCUUCAAUUCCCUCAAAAAUCUACUGGGUUAUUUGGGAACGUCAACGCUAAUGCAAACACUUCAACACCUAGCCCAUCUGGUGGACUGUUCAAUGUCAAUUCUAACGCCAAUACUAUAAAUCAACAACCGGCUAACAAUUUGUUAUUAGGAAAUAAACCGGCACAACCGCCAGGGGGUUUGUUUGGCGGUGCAAACAAUUCCACUUCUAAAAGUACCGGAAGCUUAUUUGGAAAUAAUAGUUCCACGACAAAUUCUACGGGCUCUACAGGUUUGUUCGGGAAUAAUUCUACCGGACCUGCCGUAACAAAUGGCGGUUUGUUUGGUAAUGGAAAUAAUAACAAUAUAACUUCUGCUACGCAAAACGGUGGUCUGUUCGGUAAACCUACUACAACCCCUGCUGGUACUGGGAGCCUGUUUGGAAAUUCUUCAUCAACAAACUCAACGACAGGAUUAUUUGGAUCGAAUAAUACGCAGGGCUCUACAAGCCUUUUUGGUCAAAAGCCGGGGGCUUCAAUGACUGGUGGAUUGCCUGGAAAUAAUGGUGUUCCAUUUGCAAGAUCUGGCGAAACUGCUGGGAGUAUGUCAACCAACCCAUAUGGAAUUAACAUAAGUAAUGUUCCUAUGUCAGUAGUUGACAUGCCAAAAUCUAUUACGUCUUCUCUGACAGACGGAAAUGGCAAGUCACACGUGGCAUCCAAACCAAUUGAAAAUAAAAGGACAUAUUCAUUUUCUUCCACGAUUCCAGGGAAUUCUCCUUUACCACGCGUAUCACAGUCAAGCUUAGUGACUAGACUAAGCACGAGACUGAAAGCCACCCAAAAAAGUACGCCAUCGAACGAAAUAUUUUCACCUUCAUACACUAAACCGUGGUUGAAUGGAGCGAGUUCAGCUCCCUUAAUGAAGGACUUCUCUGCUUCCAAGAUAACACCUUUGGGCUUAAAUGAAAACGGCAACUUCCCCACAAACGGCUUCACUUUCCUAUCCUCUCAAAAGGCCGACCUGUCAGAACUGCGUAAGUUGAAGAUUGAUUCCAAUAGAAGCGCAGCAAAAAAAUUAAAGCUGCUGUCUGGGGGUCCUGCUAUCACAAAAACCCAUAUGCAGGACGAAAAAGCUUCAUUGAAAAAUGAGUCCGUCGCAAAUACUGAUAAUAUCACUCACGCCAACAGCAAAGAAAAUAAAGACAUUAACAUGGAUGAUACUUAUUUAAAUGGAAAGGAUCAAUCGAAUAACUUGAAUACUAAACAAGACGGUGAGAAUACUGUACAACAUGAAAACUUAUCAAAUUCAGGUUAUUGGUGUUCCCCUUCCCCAGAGCAGCUAGAGCAUUUAUCAUUGAAGCAGUUAGCCGCCGUUUCAAAUUUUGUUAUAGGGAGAAGAGGUUAUGGUUGUAUUACAUUUCAACAUGAUGUGGAUCUUACUGCCUUUAUCAAAAGUUUUAGGGAAGAACUAUUUGGUAAAACCGUAAUAUUUCGUUCCUCCAAGACAGUAGAAGUAUAUCCUGACGAAGCUACUAAGCCCAUUAUUGGGCAUGGACUAAACGUUCCUGCUAUCAUUACUCUAGAGAACGUUUAUCCUGUGGAUAAAAAAACAAAAAAACCAAUGAAGGAUACUACGAAGUUUGCUGAAUUUCAGAUUUUGGACAAGAAACUCAGGAAUAUGAGGGAAAUGAACUUUAUAUCCUAUAACCCCUUUGGUGGGACUUGGACUUUCAAGGUGAACCAUUUUAGCAUUUGGGGUUUAGUUAAUGAAGAAGACGCGGAAAUAGAUGACGGAGAUUUAAGUAAACAAGAAGACAUAAGUGAGCAACCAUCGAAAAGGGUACGCACGUUAGCACAGUCGAAGCCCCCGAGUGAAGAGGUUGUUCUCAAAACAAAUGGUACAUUUGGAACUUUAACUGGUAGGGACGACUCUAUCAUUGAGGAAAAAGCAUACGAACCCGAUUUAUCUGAUGCAGACUUUGAGGGUAUUGAAGUUUCCCCUAAGCUUGAUGUUUCAAAAGACUGGGUAGAGCAAUUAAUUCUAGCUGGGUCCUCAUUACGUUCCGUGUUUACUCCUUCUCAAGAAUUUGUCGGAUCAUGUCAAAAUGAAAUAGAUUUACUAUUCUCUGAAUACAAUGAUGAAAUGGAUAAGGUAAAAAAUAUUAUGAAGGAAAGAAGAUUUACUGCGCCUUAUACAUUUGCCAAAUUUUCAACAGGUUCGAUGCUACUGACAAAGGACAUUGUUGGUAAAUCGGGCGUUUCAAUUCGGCGUUUACCAACUGAGUUGCAAAGAGAAUUUUUAUUCAAUGACAUGUACUUAGGUAAAGAAAUUGAAAAAGUUGCUAUCGAAUCGAGGAAAUCAAAUUCGUACCCACAGAUUACUGAGAGUUCUUUGCUCUUCAAAGACGUUUUAGAUUAUAUGGAAAAAUCCUCUAGUGAUUACAACCUAUGGAAGCUUUCAUCUAUUUUAUUCGACCCUGUCUCUUACCCAUAUAAGACUGACAAUGAUCAAGCAAAAGUGGCAUUAUUAAAAAACGAAAGGCAUCGUCAAUUAACUUCAUGGAUUGUUGGUCAAAUAUCUCCGGAAAUUAAAGAAAAAAUUAAGAAUUCUUCAAACAAAAUAGAACAAAUAUUCCUAUAUUUGCUGUUGAAUGACGUUGUAAGGGCAUCUAAGCUAGCGAUUGAAUCUAAAAAUGGCCAUUUGAGCGUGUUGAUAUCCUAUUUAGGUUCAAAUGAUCCCAGAAUACGUGAUUUAGCGGAACUACAAUUGCAAAAGUGGUCAACUGGCGGCUGUAGUAUUGAUAAGUAUAUUUCGAAGAUUUACAAAUUAUUAAGCGGUUCACCUUUUGAAGGUAUAUUUUCUCUUAAAAACCUUGAAAGUGAAUUCAGUUGGUUGUGUCUUUUGAAUUUGACACUAUGCUAUGGCCAGAUAGAUGAGUAUUCCUUAGAAUCUCUCGUGCAAUCGCAUUUGGACAAGUUUUCUUUACCCUAUGAUGAUCCUAUUGGAGUUAUUUUUCAACUAUAUGCUGCUAACGAAAAUACAGAAAAGCUCUACAAGGAUGUUAGGCAAAAAACCAAAGCUUUGGACGUUCAGUUUUGCUGGUACUUGAUCCAAACAUUGAGAUUCAAUAAGAUACGCAUUUUUUCAAAAGAGACCAGCGAUGAAGCUACAUUUGCAUUCGCCGCUCAACUAGAAUUUGCACAAUUACAUGGACAUUCUCUCUUUGUUUCCUGCUUUUUAAAUAACGACAAGGCUGCAGAAGAUAUCAUUAAAAGACUUGUUAUGCGUGAAAUAACAUUGCUAAGAACCCCUCCAAAUGAUCACAUCUUAAAUAGAUUGAAGAUCCCUUCGCAAUUGAUAUUCAAUUCUCGGGCUUUGAAGGAUAGAUAUGAAGGCGAUUACCUUUCUGAAGUGCAAAAUCUACUCCAGGGUUCUUCUUAUGAUUUGGCAGAAAAGACGAUUGUUACAGCAUUGGGGCCAAGGCUCUUGUUAUCAAAUGAUCCCAUACAGAAUAAUGAAUUGAAAACUCUAAGGAGAAUUCUUAACGAAUUUCCAGAUUCUGAGAGAGAUAAAUGGAGCGUAAGUAUAAAUGUAUUUGAAGACUAUCUGAAGCUUGCGUUGGAUAAUGUUGAAACGCCGAAAACAAUCGAUUCCUUGAUUAGUGGCAUGAAGAUAUUUUACGAUAAGUGUAAGCAUAGUCGUGAAGUGCCCGCAUGUUGUAAUGUUAUGUCCCAAGAGAUUGUUUCGAAAAUACUGAAAAUAAACAGUUCUUCGAUCGGCGACUUAAAGGGCAAAUUGCUUGACCUUCCCCUAGGGCAGCCAGAAAAGGCAUACUUAAAGGGCGAGCUUGCGCAAGAUUUAAUGAAAUGUACAUAUAAGACGUAA